AUGGGUAAGAAGGAUGAAGGAGUGAAGAUUCCAAUGCUGGACAAAGAGCACUACUUUCACUGGAAAGUAAAAAUGAGGAUGCAUCUUCUGUCUUUUGACACCAGUUACAUCAACUGCAUAGAAAAAGGUCCUCAUGUUCCUAUGAAGAUCAGCACUGAAGUUAGGGCUAAUGGAGAGGAUCUGGUUGAUUCCUAUGUUCCUAAAAGUGUAUCUGAAUACACUGAGGAAGAUGAAAAAGAAGUGCACAAGGAUAAGAAAGUCAUGAAUAUUCUCUUCAAUGGAGUUGACUCAGACAUGUUUGAUAAUGUCAUAAACUGCACAACUGCCAAAGAUGUAUGGGAUACCAUUCAAACCCUCUGUGAAGGAACUGAGCAAGUGAGAGAAAACAAGAUGCAGUUGUUUGUACAGACAUAUGAACACUUUCACUAUAAAGCUGGUGAAUCCUUAAAUGAUGUGUUUAGUAGAUUUCAAAAAUUGCUAAAUGCACUCAAGCUUUAUGGAAGAGUAUAUCUGGUGAAAGAUUCUAAUCUCAAGUUCUUGAGGUCUUUGCCUAAGGACUGGAAGCCAAUGACAGUGGCUCUUAGGCAAGCUCAUGAUUUUAAUGAGUAUUCUUUAGACAAGCUCUAUGGUAUUCUUAAAACCUAUGAGCUUGAGAUACAACAAGAUGAGGAAAUGGAGAAAAGUUCCAAGAAAGAAAAAUCUGUAGCUCUGGUUGCUGAAAAGAGUGAUGAAAAAGAUGAACCUGUCAAGAAUGUGUCUGCUAACAUUACACCAAGCAAGAAAUCUGGUGAAGGUAAAGCUGAAGGGCACAAAGGCAAAAGCAAAAUGGUGAUGGAGAAUGAAGAUGAUUCUACUGAUGAGGAAUUGAAUGACAUUGAUGAGCAUUUGGCUUUUCUUGCUAGAAAAUUUUCUAAACUUAAGUUCAAGAAAAAUGCUUCAUCUGCUAGGCCAUUCAGAAAAAGCAAUCAGCCAAGGUCCUCAAAUCUGGUUGACAGAUCAAAAUUCAAAUGCUUUAACUGUGGACUAGCUGGUCAUUUCUCAAGUGAGUGUAGAAAGCCCAGGGCUGAGAAGGAAAAAUCAUCAUCUGAGAAUGCUGAUUAUAAGAAGAAAUAUUUUGACCUUCUUAACCAGAAAGGAAGGGCAUUUAUAUCUGAGGAAAAAGAUUGGGCAGCUGGAGAUGAUUCUGAUGAUGAGCAGCUGGUCAAUCUUGCUCUUAUGGCCCUUGGAGAUGAGUCUGAAUCUCCCACAUCAAAUAAUGGACAGGUAUCUACCACUAACACAUCUGAACUUUCUAAGAUUGAAUGUAAACAAAUUAUUGAUGAUAUGUCUAAUGAGAUUUACAAUCUUAGAACUUCCCUCAAGUCUUUAACAAAGGAGAGUCUUAGAAUUAAAAAGACUAAUGAACUUUUGACUGAGAGAAAUAACUUCCUAGAAUCUGAGCUUCUUCAAUUAGAAACUUUUAAGAAAGAAUCUAGGGUUGCUAAAGAUGAAUUAGUGGUAGCUCUUAAAGAAAAAGAGAUCUUUAAGAAGCAACUAGAGAGAGAACAAGAGAUAAUGGCUAGAUGGAAGAAUUCUAGAGAUGUGGUCUCCAAUAUGCAUGCUACAAAGAUUAUUGAAGAGAAAUGUAUAAGUGAUUGGAGUUCCAUUAAAGAAGAGCUAGAGAAAGAAGGAGAUCAAGGUUCUGCUGCUGACCAAUCAACUGAUAAUGAUCAUCAGUUGAAGAACUCUUCAUCAACCGAUGAGAAUUAUCAGUUGAGAAGUCAGAAAUUGGCUAAAAAGAAGAAUAGCCUGGAUAAACUCAAUGAGCAAUAUGGGCCCACUAAUAAAAAUUUUGUAAAAGAGGAAUCCAGUUCUAACAAGCCUGUCAAGGAAGUAAACAUAGGGCAUUUGUCUAACAAGCAAUUGAAAGACAAAUUAGAUUCUGUUGAGAAUAAGAGCAUUAAAAAGAAAAGCACUAGAAAUGGUAAGGUAGGUAUUAACAAAAAGAAUAAUUACACUCCUGAUAAGAAUGCAGUCAGAAAAACUUGUUCUAAAUGUGGUAGUGAAAAUCAUCUUGCUUCUAACUGCAAAUCUAUAUUGUCUAAUUCUACCAUGCCUAUUCCUGUGCAAUCUGCUUCCAUGCCUUUUAUGCCCAUGUUUCAAAAUUCAUCUGCACAAUAUGCAAGCAUGCCAUUCAUACCAAAUCUAUACUUUAAUGCAUUUGCCAUGCCUUCUAUGCAUAUGCCUCAAAUGACAUGUCAAAUGCCUAUGAUGAAUGCUGCAUACAUGAAUAAUAUGUCUUUGAACAAUGUGGUUGAUGACAAGCCCAAGAACUCUGGUCUAUCCUCCAAGGUGAAAAAGGAUGCUACUCCUACUAAACCUAAAGAGGAAUCUGUCUCUAAACCUAAAGCAGAUACUAAUAAGAAAGGACCCAAGACUGCUUGGGUACCUAAAUCAAAUUAA